UUAGUUUGUUUUUGCUUUAUGUUCUCGUCUUAACGCAACACUUCACUGAGAAAAAUGGCGACGGCGACGGGAAAUGCGAGGGGAUUCGGAGGCGGUGAUCGGACGGCGAAAUCGGUCGUCUCCGAUCAGACAUCUCAGGCCGUGAAUUCCACUGCCAACCUUCUUCAUCUGAUGCGUCAGUCUUCUCCGUCUCAGGCAAAGUUGGCAAAGCUCCCGAAAAAUCUUUUGGCAAAAGCCUCGAUGACAAAAGCAACUGGACAAGUGCUUGAACAGCUGCCUCAAGUGAUUUCAUCCCUGGAUGGCCAUAUAGAAAGCGGGUUGCACAGUACUGUUCAUCUAAAUACCCUAACACAGUGGGUAAAUCACACAGAUAUACCAAAAGUGUCGCAGGAAUUUCAGAGAUACACCCAAAAAAACAUAACACAUUAUUUUUUUUUUGAAAAGACCGUAAUACCCUUAAUGAAAUCGUGUAAUUGUAAUUGCAACGUCGCAAUUGAUUCUAAAUACAGUUGUAAUUGAUUCUAAAUAUAGUUGCAAUUGAUUCUAAAUGAAGUGGCAAAAAAUAUAUCUUAUUAGUUAUAAGAUUUUUAGUUGUUAUAUGGUCAUAAAUACUUCUUUUUUUAGUCGUAUAUUAGUUAUAUAACAGUUGUAAUAAAGUCGUAAAAAAUAUAGAAAAAAGGUUAUUUCGGACUUUUUGAGUGAAAAAAUGGUAUAAAAUUGAAAUAAAAAAAUUACUGCUCAUUUUGGGUGUAUCUCUGAAAUUCAUGCGACACAUUUGGUAUAUUUAAGUGAAUUACCCUAACACAGUUGCUCGAAAACAUGCAAAGCACCCAGCUUCGCGCUCUUCGACAAUCUAAUCUCUUCCCUUUGUACCAAAUCCCUCACUCUAAUCUUUUUUUUUUUCACUAAUU